ACCGGUUGUUGGGGGUGGAACUAGCUGUAGUUCUUUUGAUUGGAAUGUGGGUACUGAGCAGGGAUACUCCUGCACCCUCUCUACCUCUAUAAGUGGAUUUUUUUUCAGGAAAAGCUGAUGGUUUGGUACUAGAGAUGGACCACUUAUUGGUAGAUAAAGAAAUCAUGGUGUGGACAUAAGUCUCUUGGGUAGACCAUACUUUUUUAACUGAUGAGGAAGGAACCAGACUUCUUAGGAUUGCAUGGGGCCAGAAAUGGGCUGACAGAAAAUAUUUUAUAUAAAAUAUGCGAAAAUAUGUUCUGAGAAGGUUUGUGUUUGGAGGAUCAUUUGAUGAUGAUGAUAAUCUGAUGAGAAUUUUGUCGGGGUGUAGAUGUUCCCGUUUCGGAAUUCAAGGUCAAGGUCUUUUAUAUUCAUAUAUAUAUAUAUAUAUAUUUGCACAGCUAUUUGAUGAGCUAUGUUAAGGUAUGCAGAGACUUUGUGAAUUUAUUUCAAUCUAUGUUUGUAACUGCAUCUGCAGCUCUGAAAGCUUCAGGAAAAACUGAAGGAAGUUGUAUUUAGCAGACAGAGCACGGCCCUGUUGGGAUUUGAUCUUAUUUGGGGGGGGAGAGGGGUUUGAUUGUCUCUGCAACUGUUACUGAACAAUCUUCUCAUGGGUUCUUUUUAUUUGUCUAGGCAUUUGACUUUCUGACUGUCAGAUUUGUACAAAACUGGAGUCAAGGACGCAUCAUCAUCAUUAAUAUCAUCAUAAUCAUCAUCAUCUGCUUUUGCAGUUUGUUUCGAUCAAUCAUAUUUCUGUUGAGCGCAUCUGAGCGGUUGGUUGUCCGGCUAAGGCUACUAAUUUAAUUGGUUCAUAGAAAGAGGAAAAUGGGGUUUUAGUUUUAGGGGUUAGUGUAGUGGUGGACAAUGGAGGAUGCAUGUCUUAUUCAGAUGCCCAAAGGCUUGAUUUUCUAUUCUGGUUUCUCUGAGUUUGCCAAGGUAUAUUGGCUAUGGAUAUGCUGUCAGGUGUGAAAGCUGUAGAAUUGUGCCUGCUAACUAGGGAGGGAGGCUAUUGGCUCCAAAAGGCUCUAACAGAUAGGAGGAGGAUAUAAGUUAUAUCCAAUCUUAGGUUACGUCAACUAUCUUUAUCCACAAAAAGCCCAUCCAUCAAUGAGAUUAUUUCAUCUGCAGGGGAUAUUCUAAGUGUAUAGGAGGUGAAAUGCAAGUCUACGAGACUCCCAUUAUGAGUUCUGAAAUGCAUGGUUUAAUUUCUUCAGGAAUUGAAUCACUGAGCUUUUCUUCUAGAAACAUCUUCUUGGGUAGUUCGGAGGGUGAGAUGUCUAGCAGAUCGGAAGUCAUGACCACAUCAUACCAAGGGCUUGGAAAUACUAAUGCUUGGAAAAGCUUGAAUGUACAGGAAAGCAGGUCUAAUACUGCUUGGGCAGCUCCUAGUAUUGUUAUUCCUAGCAAUAUACAAGGUCUUGCCUCAUACAGUGUACAAAACAUGCCAAACUCUUUGUUAGUUGCAGGAGGAGGAGGAGGAGGAGGGGCCAGUUCUUCCUUGGAACCUUCCGAAGCUUCUCCUACAGCAAGUAUGAUGGACAUCCAUUCAACCAAUGGAUUAGCCUUUGACAACCAGAGGAGCUUUGUGGAAGGUCCUUUCAAUAUUCCUAGUUUGAUCCAUACGGUCAGUUCAGAAGUGAGUCCUUCAGUUAGAGAGUCAACCCAGACCCAAACCCAUUCUCAGUGGCAAAGCAGUGGAAGUGAUAGGAAUUUGCAGCAACAAAACCAGUUUGUGAUGUCCCAUCUCAACAAUACAGUGAAUUGGGGCGACAGACGAAGUGGGUCUCAACCAUGGAGCUCUAGGGAGCCUUUCCUUCACAACAUCUCUUCAGGACAAGAUGGAUCAGGACAGGGCCUUUCAUUAUCUCUCUCUUUCCGCCGCCCUUCAGAAAUGAAUUUGCAGGACAUAGAAAGCCAUGCAAAUGUGUUACAAAUGGAUGGAGAUAUCAAAGCAAAACCAGAAGGUUUAUUCGGGGGAACUACAGCCGGGCUCCCCUAUAGCAUUAGCUCCUCAUAUUCAAGGGAUGGGACGACUGCAGGGAAAGGAAAUAUGAAUCCAUUACAAAAUCACCCUUUGAUGAUGCAUGUCAAUGGUGGGUCAAUGCAGGGAACUUUUUCAGGCCAUGCCAGUGGUUUCAAAAACUCAGUACAUCUGAGGGCAGCACAGGAGCUUCUGUAUGAAUUUUGCAAUGUUGGGGUAGGGGAUAUUAAAUCUAACAGUAGUUCCAAGCGGAAGCCAUCUUCCAAUUUUGGUCUCUCUUAUGGAACCAGAAACGGUGAUUUUGCUGCAAAAUCUGAAGUGGGGGUGAAUCAGGAAUUAUAUGGGGGAGACAGAUUUGAACUCCAGAGACGCAAAGCAAAACUUGUAUCAAUGCUGGAAGAGGUUGACAGAAGAUACAAGCAUUAUCGCAGCCAGAUGCAGGCGAUCAUCAGUUCAUUUGAAUGUGUAACAUCUCCAGGCGGUGCAGCUCCGUACACUGCUCUGGCAUUGAAAGCCAUGUCAAGACACUUCAGAUGUCUCAGAGACGUUAUCUGUAAGCAGUUACAGAUGACAAGCAAGUCCUUGGGCGAGAAUGAAACAGUUGUCCCUGGAACAACCAGAGGAGAAACACCCAGGUUAGGAUUCCUGGAACGAAGCAUAAGACAACAGCGUGCACUUCAGCAAUUGGGAAUGAUGGAACAACACCCAUGGCGACCGCAGAGAGGCCUACCUGAACGUUCUGUCUCUCUUCUUCGUGCAUGGUUGUUUGAGCAUUUUCUCCAUCCGUAUCCAACGGAUGCCGAUAAACAUUUGUUGGCCAGGCAAACCGGUCUCACCAGAAGCCAGGUGUCAAACUGGUUCAUAAAUGCCCGAGUUAGACUUUGGAAACCGAUGGUGGAAGAGAUGUAUUUGGAAGAAGCCAAAGAAGAAAAAAUGGAUUCAGCUGCAAAAAAUGGACAAAACUCUGGAGAGAAAGAAAGAGGUGAGAGGUCCACAGCAACAAACAACAGCGAAGAGAACAAGAGUGGGGGAGGAUCUGAUAGCCAAUUUACUGCAUCUGAAGAAGAAGAAGCUGCUGCUGUAGCUUCCUUGAAGAUUCAAGAUCCUAGCAGCAGCACAGCAGCACAAACUGCCCAAGCUGAAAGCUUUGAUACCAUGAAGUUACACCAAAUCCAUUCAUCUCAGGAUGACAUGAAGAGCCUAGAUAUGGCUUUGAUUCGAGAAUCUCAAACUCUAUCAGCUAUAAAUGCUUCUCAGGGUGGCAUGAAAUUUGACCUAGCAACUUCUUACAAAAAACUUGAGGAUCACAAGGGAUUAUACACAAACAAAUCACAGGAAACCCAUGAUACAGAGAUGACUCUUGAUUUCUCUUCUUACAACAUUACUACACCCAAUACAAUGGCUGCAUAUUCUCACGAGGACUUGAAUCCUAGAAGCUUUGCAAAUGGUGGGGUGUCUUUGACAUUGGGUUUGCAUCACAGUGGAGGCCUUUCAUUUCCAAUGACUGAUGAGAAGUAUGACAAUAAUAUGUAUUUCCCCAGAGAGGAUGCCUGCAGCAAUCAAUACAAUAUGCUAGAGAAUGAGGGAAACCAAGGAAAUGGAUUCAUAGAGAGAGACUUACAAUACAGGAACUAUGUUAAUGGAAACCGGCUCUUGCAUGACUUUGUUGGAUAGAUAGUUCAACAUACCUUGAAGCAAAGUGAGGUUUGCUUAUACCCACAGAAAGGAAAGGCCAUUCACAUAUUUAUCUUCUGAUGUUUUCUCUUGGAAAAUAUCUAUAGACUUAAAAUUCGAUAGCUUUGUAUAAAAUUAAGCAAGAGAUUAAUGUUUAGCUAGCAUGUCGUAAAAAUGAUUGUUGUACGUGUUCCAUACAAAAUUAAAGAGUAAAAAAUAUUUAUGGUCGAACGAAUAACACACCAGUCUGUUGAUGUUUUACCUGAAUAGAAAAUCUCAGUAAACCCUUCAAUGGGAUUAUAGUGAAAUAUAUUUUGUUUUCUCU